AUCUUGAUUAUAACCUUAUUUCUCAAUUAAAAGUGAUUUUAUUUAAAUAUACAGCACCAGAAAAGGCUAUGACUACUGCGGCAAAUCAUAAUGCGGGUGUGUGUAACAUUAAAGAAGAAUUUAUCAUUCAUAGAACUGAAAAAAAUAUUGAAAUAAUAAGCACCGAUAAUGUAGCAAAAAGAAAGUUGGACGACGAAAAUGUUGACUGCGAUAUUAAAAAGGCAAAAUGUAAUGAUAAUUCUUGUUUAGGAAAAGUAAAAAAGAGAGGACAAAAUAAAGCUAGACCAAAAACUUAUCAAGAUGAUAAACAAAACAAACCAUGCCCAAGUAUUAUUAAUGUUUCAUCAAAAGAUGAAACAAAACCUUGUCAAUAUGCUAAUUGUAAGUUCAUUCAUAAUUAUCUAGAAUAUUUAAAAAUAAAAAAAGAAGAUAUAGGCAAAGAAUGUCACGUUUUUAAUCUUAGGGGAAGAUGUCCACGCGGUAUUGCUUGUCGUUUUGGCUCUAAACAUAUUUCAGACGAAGGCUACAAUAUAGUGAAUGAGGAGAAGGCUAAGUUGUGGUUAGAAGAUACGAAAAAUACCAUGCAAUCAUCUUUACAAAUACAGUUACAAAAAAGGAGGUAUGACUUCUCCUUGGCUGAAAAAUUAGUGAAAGCAUUAGAUGAUGCACGGAAAGCAAAAAAAAGUGAUCCUAAUUAUGAUAACAAAUCGGUAUCUAAUAAUGACAGUGAUACUAAGGAAAAAUGUAGGGGACCUAUAACUGAUGAGGACCUGAUAAAGUUAUUACCAAGAGAAAAAAAGGAAAUUGAUUGGAGGGAUAAGUUAUAUUUGAGUCCACUUACUACAGUGGGUAACCUCCCUUUCAGAAGAAUCUGUAAGUCAUUUGGUGCUGAUGUAACAUGUGGGGAAAUGGCACUUUGUGAAUCCUUACUAAAAGGUACGAAACAAGAAUGGGCAUUAGUCAAAAGACAUGAAUCAGAAGAUCUAUUUGGUGCCCAAAUAUGUGGAAACAAUCCUUUUGCAAUCACCAAAGUUGCUCAACUUUUACAAGAGAAUGCAGAAUUAGAUUUUAUUGACCUCAACUUAGGAUGUCCUAUAGAUUUAAUAUAUAAAAAAGGUGGUGGCACAGCUAUGAUGCAUAGACUGCCAGCUUUGGAAACUUCUGUAAGGGGAGCUUCAAGUAUAUUAAGUAUUCCAUUCACUAUAAAAAUGAGAACUGGGGUUUAUCAAGAUAAGAAAAUAGCUCAUACCAUUGUACCACAAAUGAGGGAAUGGGGUGCUUCUCUCAUUACUUUACAUGGCCGAUCAAGAGAAGCAAGAUACACAAAAAUGUCAGAUUGGGAAUACAUUGAAAUGUGUGCAAAAGCGGCUUCUCCAUGUCCUCUCUAUGGGAAUGGUGAUAUUUUAUGUUAUGAUGAUUAUAUACAGCGAAAAGCCUUAGCACCAACAGUUCAAGGUGUGAUGAUUGGUAGGGGAGCACUUAUAAAACCAUGGAUUUUUACAGAAAUUAAAGAACAGAGACUUUGGGAUAUAAGCAGCACUGAAAGAUUUGAGAUUAUUAAAAAAUUCACAAACUAUGGACUAGAACAUUGGGGUUCUGACACACAAGGUGUAGAAAACACAAGACGCUUUUUAUUAGAAUGGCUCUCUUUCUUAUAUCGCUAUGUUCCCGUGGGGCUGUUAGAAAGACCACCUCAAAAGAUAAAUGAAAGGCCUCCUAGUUAUUUUGGAAGAAAUGAUUUAGAGACUUUAAUGGCAUCUGGAAACUGUUCCGACUGGAUUAAAAUAAGUGAAAUGCUUCUGGGACCUGUACCUGAAGGCUUUAUAUUUUUACCAAAACAUAAGGCUAAUUCUUAUUAGAAUAGUCUCAUAUUUUUAUUUAAUAACCAACUAAGCUGUUUUGUUACAUUUGUAAUGUAAGAAUGUAAAAAUCAGAUUAUGAUGAUUCAUGUUUAUAGUACUUAUAAGAAAUUAUAGUUGUUAUAUUAUUA